GUUCAUGAUCUUCGACAGCUAUGCCAACGUUGUCGCCUCGCACCAAAUGGAGUUCAAGCAGUACUACCCGCGGAGUUCAUGGCACGAACACGAUGCGGACCAGAUAAUGGAGAGCUGCGACGCCUGCAUCGAAAAGGCCUGCGCCGAGCUCGAGGAACAGGGCUGGACAAAAGAGAGCGUCAAGGUCAUCGGCAUUACGAAUCAGCGUGAGACGACUGUUCUGUGGAGCCGCAAGACAGGCAAGCCCGUCAGCCACGCCAUCGUCUGGGACGACACUCGCGUCAUGGGCCUCGUCACCAAGUACGAGAACCAUGCCAGGGAGCGAGGCGUCCCGUACGAGGGCAAGGUCCACAAGGGCGAGGAUGCUCUCAAGGCCCUCCGCAAGCUCACCGGCCUGCCCCUCUCGACCUACUUCUCCGCGCUCAAGAUCCGCUGGAUGAUCGACGCCUGGGCAGACCCCGACGAAGAGAAGGUGGCUUCCAAGUGGGCGAACGUCAAGAAGGCCUACGACGCGGACGAUCUCUGCUUCGGGACCGUCGAAUCCUGGAUUGUCUACCGCCUCACCGGCGGCGCACAGGGCGGCGUGCACGUCAGCGACGUCACAAACGCGUCGCGCACGCUCCUUCUCAACUUGCGCUCGCUCAAGUGGGACCCCGUGCUGCUCGAGUUCUUCGACCUCAAGGAGAACAUCCUCCCGAGGCUCGUAUCCUCGUCCGAGGUGUACGGCAAGAUCAAAUACGGCGCGCUCAAGGGUGUCGAGAUCGCUGGUCUUGCGGGCGACCAGCAGGCCGCGCUUGUCGGCAACAAGUGUCUCCGCCAGGGCGAGGCUAAGUGCACGUAUGGCACCGGCGCGUUCCUCCUUUUCUGUACGGGCGAGGAAAUCGUCGAGAGCAACGCCGGCCUUCUGAGCACCGUCGCGUACCAGAACGGCCCCAACAGCAAGCCGGUGUACUGUCUCGAGGGAUCUAUUGGUGUUGCCGGCAGCGGCAUCCAUUGGCUCCGUGACUCGAUGCAUUUGGUCCCGACCGCCCCGCACGUCAAUAUCCUUGCCGCUGAGGUAGCUGAUACCGGAGGAGUUUACUUCGUGACCGCCAUGGGCGGUCUGUUCGCGCCCUACUGGGACUCAUCCGCGACUGGUAUGAUCAUCGGCAUAUCGACGGCCACGAAGCCGGCGCACGUGGUACGCGCGAUGCUCGAGGCGAACGCGUUCAUGACGCGCGCCGUCGCGGAGAGCAUGAAGGUCGACUCGGGCGUGGACCUGCCGCAGAUGAAGGUCGACGGCGGGAUGACGAACGGGGACAUGGUCAUGCAGGUCGUCGCGGACCUCGCCGGGUGCGAGAUCGUGCGGCCCGAGAUGCGCGAGAGCACUGCGCUCGGAAGCGCACUCCUCGCGGGCAGCGCCGUGCGUCUUUUUGGCUGGGACAUUGCGCGCCCCGAGACGCUGCACGAGGUCAACACGGCCGGCAGCGCGAUCUUCAAGCCGCAGACGACGAAAGAGUAUCGCGACAAGAAGUGGGCCGGCUGGCAGCGCGCGGUCGAGAGGUCUCGUGGCUGGGUGCGCGAAGAUGACGAGUGAGUGCGCGGUGUGAUCGUUCUGAAAAUCGCAUAGGACUUGCUGUACUUUAUCCGAAGAACUACUUUAAGAAAUUUGUACAAGGCUGGUGGAUGUCGUGCCUGCCACGCCCUAUUCAUGA